AUGUGUACAGUCUGUAACAGGUGGUUCUGCAAUGGCAAAGGAAGUACAUCAGGAUCGCAUUUGAUCACUCAUUUAGUCCGGUCGCAACACAAAGAGGUAUGUCUUCACCGCGAAUCACCGCUUGGAGAGACCCAAUUGGAGUGCUAUCAGUGUGCAUCGCGCAAUGUGUUCAUGCUUGGAUUCAUUCCGGCAAAAGCUGAUUCAUUAGUGGUAAUUCUCUGUCGACAUCCAUGCGCUCAGAUCGCCUCCCAGAAAGAUCCUAACUGGCAAGGAGAAGAAUGGAAGCCUUUGAUCAAUGAAAGACAGCUUCUUUCGUGGAUAGUGAAUAUACCAUCAGAGCAAGCUCAGCUCAGAGCCCGACAUAUCACUGCUGCUCAAGCCAGCCGUCUUGAAGAUCUUUGGAAAGAACAUCCUAAAGCAACAGUGGAAGACCUAGAUCGCCCGGGUGUUGAUACUGAACCAGAGAGUGUGCUGUUAAGAUACGAAGAUGCGUUCCACUAUCGGCGUAUUUUUGCUCCGCUAGUCCGCGAAGAGGCCGAGUUUGAUCGAAAGACAAAAGAGUCUCAAACGCAGAGUGUUGGUCAUGUCCGUUGGGAUCAAGGAUUGAACAAAAAACACCUCGCAUUCUUUCAUUUGCCUAAGUUCAUGGAAGGAAGCAUGAAAUUGAUGAUCGGUGACGAGCUACGACUCAAGCAUAAUCAAACGAUCGAGAGGGAAUGGCAAUGUUUGGGACAGGUUUUCAAGAUUCCUGAUAAUCAUAGCGACGAGAUUGGAAUAGAAAUGCGUGCUGCUGCCUCGGAGAAAAUGCCCACUGAUCCGCGCAUCAAUUUCACUUGUGAGGCGUUGAAUACACUAGAAAAAGAUCCUCACUGCGUUUCUCAGUACAUUUUCCAUAAGCUCAUGGGGCACGAUAUUGACGAGAUUCUUUUCAAAGUAAGUGGUUUUUGGCUACUCUGCGUUUCAAGUGUUUGUGUUGUGGCCAUCUUCAAUCAGGCAUUAAUGGCUUUGGAACAGAGAUAA